AAAAAACAAAAAACGGCAGAAAGAUGAGAAGCCGUUCCAUUUGCAUAGGCAGUUGAAGUGUCUAGGCAGAGGCCUCCAAGGCUGACUGGAUAUCAGGCAGGGGAUGAGGCUGGACAGCCUGCAAUGCCUCCAACUCCAGGUUGCGGAAAUCGUGUUUGUAGUACCUCAGUCGAAUGGAGAUUGAGCGCCCCCUGGGAGCAGUGCUCGGUAACAGACGCUGGAGGACCCCGAUGAGGAGGGGCGGGGGUCGGUUCAAUCUGGGAGGAGCCUGCGGGUCAGUUUUCUUCUCACAGGAGCUAACUCUGUCCGGCAUCAUGGAUUCCUGGGCUCCCAGAACGGCUGGGCAGGAAGGGACCUUAGAAAGGGACCUACCACCGCGUGCCCCGUGCCAGAGUUGGGCACUUUGGUAACAAGAACAUUGGCUUGUUUAACACUCCCAACUGUGCUUCGAGGUGGGGAUCAUUAUCCCCAUUGUCCCCAUUUUGCAGAUGAGAAAAAGCAAGGUUUGGUGGCUUCCCGGGGCGGGGCGGGGAUUCGCUGUGACUCCAGGUCCUUUUCCCCGGAGCCCGCACGUCUUGUAAGACACUGAUUCCCGGAGGUCUGAGGAGCAGGAAUCGAGUGGGAGGUGCCCAGGCUUUCUAGGGAACAAGAGUGUGAAUGCACUCUCGACGAGAACCACGCCCCCCUGUUCGACAAGACUGAUUCCUGCUACCUUCCUUUAAGGGCCCUCCCCUGAAACGCGAAGUCCUCGCCCCAUGGAGAGGCGGACAUUCUUUAUUCCCGGAUCGCCCGACGUUUUUCUCCCCCACCCGCACUGAUCCCCACUGGUGACAUAAAUCCUUCCCCUCCACUCGCGAGUGAAAGCUUGGGACUACAUUUCCCGCCAGGCUGUUCAGAAGCCGGUGGCGGAGAGAGGAGAAAAGAGUCUUUCCGUUUCCGUCGCCUCGCAAUUUGGCGUGUCCGCCGGGAUUCACAUUUCAACAGCGACGUCCUUUCUCUGUUGGGCUCGGCAAGGAACUACAUUUCCCAGCAGGCACCGGCGCAGAGGUCGAGGGGCGAGGUCGCCAUCUUUUUCGUAGUCCUCUCCCUCAUUUCCGCAGGGAAGAGGCCAGAUGCCUGGACUACACAUCCCAUGUCGCAGUCGCCCCGGCCCUGCAGCCGCCAUCUUUGCCGGUGGCCCCGCCCCAUCCCCUUCCAUUGUCUCGACUUGAGAUGAUAGACGGGAGCCGGGAGACUGCAACUCCCGUCAGGCCGUGCGCCACUGGAGGGGUGGAUUUCGAGACCACAGGCGGGCGAGGUGCCCAAGGUGGUGGAAAGCGGAGACCGGGAGAGGCUAGGUAGCCUGCCAUCUUUACGGUAGUCUCCUCGUUCUCCUGGUUCCGCCAUUCUUAAGGAACACUAGAAGGCUAGAAAACUACUAAUCCCAUCGCACCUCGUAAGAUCGACUACUAGUCAGGUGUAUGUCCCUCUUCCGCCAUCUUGCUUGUAGUCCUCUUUCCUUUUCACCUUUCCAUUGUUCCUGACGAGUAGAAAUGGCAGCGGGAAGGCAGCAGAUGGACUGCGACUCCCGUCAGCCCUCGGCGUUGCUGACGCCCCCAAUGUCGUCGAGCAGCCGGGGGCCGGGGGCCGGAGCGCGCCGACGCCGAACCCGCUGCCGCCGCUGCCGGGCCUGUGUGCGAACUGAGUGCGGGGAUUGCCACUUCUGCCGAGACAUGAAGAAGUUCGGGGGGCCCGGGCGCAUGAAGCAGUCGUGCCUGCUCCGGCAGUGCACUGCCCCCGUGCUCCCACACACAGCUGUGUGCCUCUUGUGUGGGGAGGCUGGGAAGGAGGACACGGUGGAGGGAGAGGAAGAGAAAUUUGGUUUGAGCCUCAUGGAGUGUACAAUCUGCAACGAGAUCGUCCACCCCGGCUGCCUGAAGAUGGGGAAGGCUGAGGGUGUCAUCAAUGCAGAGAUCCCCAACUGCUGGGAGUGCCCUCGCUGCACCCAGGAAGGCCGUACCAGCAAGGAUUCAGGUGAGGGGCCUGGCCGCCGUAGGGCCGACAACGGCGAGGAGGGCGCCAGCUUGGGGAGCGGAUGGAAGCUGACAGAGGAGCCACCGCUUCCACCGCCCCCGCCCAGGCGCAAGGGCCCCCUGCCUGCCGGGCCCCCCCCGGAGGACGUGCCUGGGCCCCCCAAACGAAAGGAAAGGGAGGCAGGGAAUGAGCCUCCCACCCCAAGGAAAAAGGUGAAAGGAGGCCGAGAGAGGCACCUGAAGAAGGUGGGUGGAGACGCCUGCCUCCUCCGAGGAUCGGACCCAGGCGGCCCGGGCCUGCUGCCCCCCAGGGUUCUGAAUCCGAGCCAGGCUUUCUCAUCCUGCCACCCUGGGCUCCCUCCCGAGAACUGGGAGAAACCAAAGCCGCCUUUGGCCUCUGCAGAGGGCCCAGCGGUGCCGUCCCCGUCCCCGCAGAGGGAGAAGCUAGAGCGUUUCAAGCGGAUGUGCCAGCUGCUGGAACGGGUGCCUGACACCUCCUCUUCCUCCUCGGACUCAGACUCCGACUCCGACUCUUCCGGCACAUCGCUGAGUGAGGACGAAGCCCCCGGCGAGGCCCGGAAUGGGCGACGGCCAGCCCGGGGCAGCUCUGGCGAGAAGGAGAACCGUGGGGGGCGGCGGGCUGUGCGCCCUGGCAGUGGGGGGCCCCUGCUCAGCUGGCCCCUGGGCCCAGCCCCACCACCCCGGCCUCCACAGCUGGAGCGGCAUGUGGUGCGGCCCCCGCCUCGAAGCCCUGAGCCCGACACACUCCCCUUGGCUGCUGGAUCCGACCACCCCCUGCCCCGGGCCGCCUGGCUUCGCGUCUUCCAGCAUCUCGGGCCGCGGGAGCUGUGUAUCUGCAUGCGAGUCUGCCGAACUUGGAGCCGCUGGUGCUAUGACAAGCGUCUGUGGCCUCGAAUGGACCUUAGCCGGCGGAAGUCACUGACCCCGCCCAUGCUCAGUGGUGUGGUUCGCCGCCAGCCCCGUGCCCUGGACCUCAGCUGGACAGGUGUCUCCAAGAAGCAGCUCAUGUGGCUUCUGAACCGACUACAAGGCCUGCAGGAGCUGGUGCUCUCUGGCUGCUCCUGGCUCUCUGUCUCUGCCCUGGGCUCAGCCCCACUGCCAGCCCUGCGGCUCCUGGACCUCCGCUGGAUCGAGGAUGUUAAAGACUCCCAGCUCCGGGAGUUGCUGCUGCCUCCACCAGACACCAAACCAGGGCAAACAGAGAGCCGUGGUCGGCUGCAGGGGGUGGCAGAACUGCGUCUGGCAGGUUUGGAGCUGACAGAUGCCUCCCUGCGGCUCCUGCUGCGUCACGCACCCCAGCUGAGCGCCCUGGACCUGAGCCACUGCGCCCACGUCGGGGACCCCAGUGUUCACCUCCUCACGGCCCCCACGUCCCCACUCCGCGAGACCCUGGUGCACCUCAAUCUUGCUGGUUGCCACCGCCUAACGGACCACUGCCUCCCGCUGUUCCGCCGCUGCCCUCGUCUACGCCGCCUAGACCUGCGCUCCUGCCGCCAGCUCUCACCCGAAGCUUGUGCCCGGCUGGCAGCUGCCGGGCCACCUGGCCCCUUCCGCUGCCCUGAGGAGAAGCUGCUUCUCAAGGACAGCUAGUUGGGCGCCCCCCACCCUCCCCCGGACUCGACAGGAGCCUGGACCUCCGGCUUCAUUUCACCCCUGCUGGGAGGCCAGGUUCCCACCUCACCACCCUGGGAUUCCUGAGUGUCAGUGACUUGGGAUUCCCACCCAGGGACUCAAGCCAGCCACCCCCUUCUUUCCCCCCUGCACUGAUAUCUCUGGGGGUUUCUCCUUCCUAUGUCCUCCCCCUGCUACCUGCUUCAUUGUCCAUCCCCUGGGGGGAGUGGGUCAGAGGUACUGGAGGGUGCUGAGCCGAAGGGACGGUGGGAGGGGGGUUAUGGUGCAAGUGUUGGUGGGGAGAAUGGGGAAAGGACACACACAGGAUAUGGGAGCCAGGGGCUGGGGGAGGUGGAAGGGGCGGGGGGCGGGGCAGACAGCAGACCACCAAGGGUUCAGGGAACAAAGACCAGUUACUUGGAGUGGGGGGUGGGGGUGGGGCCACAAAAGGAAAACCGGAGGAGCAAUUGGGGAUCCAGGUGUCAGAGGUAGGGGAACCAGGGGCAAGCCGGGGCUGAGCUGGAGGUGGGGAUGAGAGCAGGUGUGGGGACAGCAAUACCCCCUUGGGGGUCACCUCUCUGCUUCCCCCCUCCCCAGGCUUCAGUUCCUUCCCCCUGACCCUGACUCCUUGAACGUCACUGAAAACGGCAGCUAUUGCAAGGAGUGGGGGCCGCGGGCAGCCGCUUUUCAGCUCGCGGCCCAGGGGAGUGGCGAGGGGCGCCCCAACCCCCUGCCCGCCUCUCCGCACAAUACUUGAACAUUCAUCUGUACUGAAGUGUUACUUGAACCGGGGGAACCUCGGACCUGGGGGAGCCGGAGUGUGAGGGGACUGGACCAGCUUGGACUGAGACCUGAGACCGGGCCGGUGGGCGCCCAUCUGGGACUGCGCCACCCCCAGGCUUGUUCUUGUUUUACUGUAUUGAGCGGCGGCACCCGCCGUACCCGCAUUAUGGCUGGGGGCGCCAACCCAAGGAUGGGGACCAUGGGACUCCUCCAGCCUGGCUCUUCCCACUCUUUCAUCGUCAUGGAAACUUGUAUCCCAUUUGCCCAGGGAACUGCCACUCCUGGUUGCCAUGGAAAUAGCAGCCAACGGACACCUCCCGAUGCCAGUGCUAAGGCUGGAAAUGGCCCCCUCUUAGUUGCCAUGGGAACCUAGUAACAGACUCUCCUGGCCCUCCUUCCCCGCCCCUUCCUCGAGCGCGGGGUGGGGCUUCGGGACCCCGGGGAUGAGCCGGGCCAGGUCCUGCCCCUCCGCGCAGGCCUCCGGGGGGCCGGGGCUUACCAUGUAGGGGAGGGGAGAUCUAUCCACAUACCUCAG